AAAUUUGCUGCAACUCUGUGUCUAACGAUUUAUUAAAAUGACACGAUUUAUAUCUCUUUGUAUUUUACCUGUUAUUUUUGGCGUAAUAUUUUAUUUUCAAUUUACCAGUUUUGAUCACGUGAUCAAGAAUGUUGCAACAAAACCUGUUGCAAUGUCGGAAUGGCAAACGGAUUCUGGAUUUGCAGAGAAGAUUGCGAGUAGGCGUGCUCCACGUGUUUUGUCUAACUCGCCCGUCCUCACAUGGCCAGCAGCUAAUUGGACACCAAACUACAUAGCCACUGACGUCCCCUACGUUUUAUCAAAAAAGAGCAGUAAAAAUGUGUUUAAAUAUUUUUCUACCAACAAGCCACUGAGUGCUUAUGUAGAAGCCAGUCAUGACUUGGUUGAAGUGAUCAAAUCAGGUCGGGAGUUUGUUGGUAGUGUCACCUCAAACACUGAAAAGGCUUUCUACUAUGCAUCUGGUCCUGUAGACCAAUUAGGAAUAUGGUCAGAUCCAUCUGACAUCAGCAGUCUGACUGUUCACGAUCACGACAUACCAAACGCAGUUGCUACAGUCCAUUUCUGGAUUGGCAGCAAGUCAGUCAUUGCACACAUGCACUACGACACGUCACACAACUUUCAUACAGUUGUAUAUGGCAGAAAGAAGUUCAUACUAAUGCCUCCAUCAGAGUACUCAACUCUGCGACUGUACCCUUUCAUCCAUCCAUAUUACAGACAAAGUCAGGUUAAUGUCUCUGGAGAUGGUGCCAACUCGAACAUGCAGGCCCUCACACGGCGGCAAGAAGUCGUUCUGUAUCCUGGUGACACCCUCUACAUACCUCCUUACUGGUUUCACCAAGUCGAAUCCGAGGAAGUGACAAUAUCGGUAAACAUAUGGAGUCCAUCUGGAGAGCAUGCAGCUAUGGAGACUACAUAUGGCUCCCGACCACCAUUCAACACUCAGUGGAACAGGCAUCAAUUGUUGGCAGGAGCUGCUGUGUAUAUUGACACUCUGCUGGCUCAAUUAGAGACAGGACUGGCAAUGAGUCCAAAGGAAUUCCUACAAUCACUUUAUGGACAAAGAUAUGCAGCCCUGUUUGCAAACCAACUCUGUUCUGGUGGUCUGUGUCCCAUAGUGCCAAGCCACAGCCAUGACUCAUGCAGUGCUUAUCUCCAAUGUCCAGUCCAUAAAUUAUUCGAAAAUUGUAAUCCUAGAUCAUUGACUCUACAUGCUGGCAACACAGCAAGAAUCAUGAUCAACAGUCAUGGUCUGGAUAUCUCGAUUCUUGCAAUUAAUGUUGGUAACUUUGUAGAGAAUCUAGUAUGUGAUGUGUUGGGUGGGGAUCGACUCCAUGAGAUACCAUGUUAUUAUCACUCUUGUUUGGGUGUGAGUUCAUCCUAGCUACCAAGGCUAAUAACUUGGUGUGCUAAAUUAAUACAAUUAAUUAAUACAUAACGUGUUAACAUGUCCAAGUCAUUCCAUGGUGUGCUAAAUUAAAACAAUUAAUUAUUGCAUAACCUGUGUUAACGU